AUGCUGCGCCGCUGCCUUGUCGAGGAGCCUGGGCACUGCGCGGCGCGUGCUGCAGAUUUGGCGCUGUCCUUCCGGAAGAUGGGCCAGGGCAAGGUCAGCCAAGUGCUUUUUCAGUGGGCAGAGCAGCAUGGGUCGGAGGAUGCUGCUUAUCAGUACAUCCGCGGGCACCACUUGGACUAUGACCUGGACAAGAGCGAGCGCGCAGGUCCCUACUACCAGCGGGCCUACGAGUUGGACCCGAACAAUCCCGUCUUCCUGAAGGAAUAUCUCAUGUGGCUUGAGCUCAUUGCCAAGGACAACCGCAGCCUGGUGGAGCUAUUGGGGCCUCGUCGUGUGCGGCGGAAGGCCCGCAAGACGUUGCCAGAACUGGGUGAUCCAGCCUUGGCAUGCGAGGCGUCGAUCACCACCCGAGAGUUGCUUCAGGAUCAUGAUUGGUCGCGCGAGCUAUGGUCUUAUGCUCUGGAGAACGGGGUUUGCAACCAGUGUGUGGAGAACAACUGGGCGCUGCAUGCUCCAAGUGGGCGGAAAAUGCGUGAGGACGUAGGCGACUGGCAGAUCUUCCUCAAUGCUUUCUGGCAUCGCGCCAUGAGAAGUACAAUGAUGGGCGCGACAGGCAAUGCUGGGCGACACGGGGCCUAUGAGCGCCGGGUUAACAGAACCUGGAGCCUGCAGGCGCUGUCCAAACACAGCAGUAUCAACGAGCUGCUGCAGACGGGCGACACCGUCAAACGAUUGGAGGUCGUGAACUUGGGUGACCUCUUCCCAUCUGCUCAGGUCACGAACGAGCUGAGUUUUAGUGGUGACAUGGCCAUGGGUCCGGACUCCUGGUCCACACAGACGCUCAUGCGGCACAACCGCCGUGAUGACCGUGGCCACACCUACCUCCAGCUCUUGCGCAGUGGCCCACGGAAGAUGCUCCACUUCGUCCCGGCUGGAAGCUCGGCGGUGAUCGUCACAUGUGGAGGCUUGUGUCCGGGACUGAACUCUGUGAUUCGCGAGAUAGUCAUGACUCUGGCACGCUACGGUGUGAAGAGUAUAUACGGUUGCAAGGGUGGCUACAAAGGCAUGGUGCAGCCUGACACGUGGUUGCCGCUCACGCCGGAGUCCGUGCAAGACAUCCACAAGGAAGGAGGAACAAUCCUCGUCAGCGACCGUGGUGCCUUGGGGCAACCCAGAUAUAUCCAGAUAUGUUGGCUGAGGAACAUCAAACAAUACUUCGUGAUCGGUGGAGAUGGCACGCAAGCGGGUGCCUUCCAGACCUUCACCUCCACUCAAGAGAUUGGCCAUGAGGUGGCCGUGGUCGGCGUGCCGAAGACGAUUGACAACGACAUCCCGAUCCUUGACAGGUCCUUUGGCUUCAACACGGCGUGCAGCGAGGCUGAGAAGGCAAUUGAGAGCUUUGAACUGAUCCCUUUGUGCAAUGCUUGCAAAUGCCUCGGCUCCUUGAAGCCUUGCCUUGCUCUUGGCUCCCCUGCUUCAUGUGCCUUCCUUCUGCGUGAGGCCAUUGACGCCGCCUAUGUGGAGGCCACAUGCAAUGCGCACUGCAUUGGCCUGGUGAAGCUUAUGGGCAUUGGGCCCAGAACGACUCUUGUGAAAGUUUCGAAGAGAGGAGGUGCAUGGCAUUUCCACCAGCUGGAGCUUGGAGAGUAUCCUUCCGCAGGAAGUGUGGACGUUUGCUUGCUGCCGGAGAUGGACAUCUCCCUCCCGCGAUUGAGGCCGGGCCAGGCAGGGUGCUGUUGCUACAAGAUUAUUGCUGCGUUUGCAGCAGAGGCCGUCAUUGUCGUGGCCGAGGGUUGCGGUGACACGUUGCUGAAAAGCUCCGGCGAGCGUGGGCACCUCAGUGACGCGGGUGGCAACAAGAAGCUAGCUGAUGUGGGACCAUGGCUCAAGGAGCAGCUGUUGGCCUAUGCCAAGAGGCCCCCCCCCUUGCUGCUAUGUGCCGCCUCUUGUGAUGCGUGCCAAGCUCAUUCGGCUGCCUCAUAG